AUGGUUCGCUACCGAAUGAGGAGCCCCAGUGAGGGUCCGCACCAGGGGCCUGGGCAAGACCAUGAACGCGAGGAGCAGGGGCAGGGGCAGGGGCUGAGCCCAGAGCGCGUGGAGGACUAUGGGAGGACACACAGGGGCCACCACCACCACAGACACAGGCGCUGCUCUCGUAAAAGGCUGCAUAGGAUCCACAGGAGGCGUCGGUCAUGCAGAAGGCGGAGGAGACACUCCUGCCAUCACAGGAGGCGGCAUCGCAGAGGCUGCAGAAGAUCCCGAAGGAGGAGGAGAUGCAGGUGCAGGAAAUGCAGGAGGCACCAUCACUAA